AUGGCUUUGAAGAGCUAUCGGUGGGACGCGUCGAGCAGCGUCGAGCACAAGCAGGACAUGCUCGACGAGCUCGACGAUUACCUCAACUCAGCUCACCGAUUCAUCGAGGAAGCGGAACGCCAAAUCCUAGAGAAACCACCCACCCCUCCAAAACCUCUUCCAAUAUCGUUGGAACCCACAACCUAUUCGGCCCGGAGCGAAAAAUUCCCCCGAUGGAGUUAUUCGAGUCUUAACAGCGCAGCUCGGAAGAAGCGAAUCCAUGGCUCGUGGGAGCGUGAGCAUUGUGGAGCAACGAAUUCUUUGAAAGCCCUCCUGGAUUCGCUCGAUAUCCCUUCGGACGACUUCUCAAGCGUACACAAAGAGGAACAAGAGAAUCAAAUCAUGAAUAUUGAGGAGAUCGAGAACAUGACUCGUAGUCUCCUCGAGGGACUCAACGACGAUAUCCAAGUCAUUCAACCACAAUUGGAAGAAAAAUCCCCCUUUCGAAAGUCGACGCCACUCGUCUCGCCUCUGGAAGGGUCUCCGACUCCCGCUCGAGAAACUCAAGCGAAGAGAGCCGCACCACCUUCAACACUCGUUCUUCCAUCGCCUAUAGCUCGUUUCGCGCGGAAACAUUUGAAUCGAACCCUGAGCUCUGAAACCGGUGAAGAGUUCUUGACCUUCCUCGAAGAACUCUGCGAUCAGGGCGAGGCUUCACCGAGCUGGCACUUUGUGCCCCGAAGAUCUCGCUCCGUCGAGAGUCUGAGUGACAGCGAUCGGGAAGGGUCUGUGGAUUCGCGGCCGAUUCGCUUAUGGAGCUCGGAAGAGAACGUAUCGGAUAAGUCUAACAAAUCUCUGAUUGCCUCACGUCAGGCUCGAGUUCGUGAAACCCCAUCGCCUGUCGGUAUACCGAGCUUCGACAAGCCUCUCGACAAACGGGGCCUGCUAGUCGCUCUCGAGAAAAUCGACGAGAGAAAUGCGGAAGCGCUCUCUGCCACGUGCCCGUCGCAGUCUGGACCGGGCACGGAGAUCCCCAAGCUCGUCCUGAGCGACGAGGACAUUUAUGCCGAGUUCGAGGCUGAGUUCGUUGCUACAUUGACGAGGAAAUCCAGGAGAGGUCUCGAAAGGGAAACGUUUUCGGAUGGCGGCUCGCGAACGGACUUUUGCUCACCGGGAGCCGAUAUGCAAGCCUCAACAGAACAAACAGCCGCCGAAAGUCGAGCGGUCACUCGAAGACCGAGCAAUACUCAGCUGAGAGCCAAGUUUUUCGCCAACAUGGUGAACGGCGACCCGCUCCCGGCAACAGCCGCAACGGCAAAUAGUAAAAUACAAGAACCGUCUCUGAACAAUAAGAGCAUCGCGAUGAGGACGGAGCAUGAUCUCACCGAGAAGCGCCGAGAAAAGGUUCAGCUAGAAGCUUUGAAUCAUCCGCUCCUAAUCAGCUACAGGAGCGCGAUCCAGAAAAACACAGCGGUCCUCCAAUCGAACCCCGAUCUCUCGCAAAUAAUAUCAAACGCACGAGCCGAGAACCGAAAAUCUUUAAUCAUUCCAUCGAACAAAGAGGACAAGGACCAGCUUCCGCACAAUUGCCGUGUCAUUCCGGAGAAGAAAGAUAGAGCGAAGACCAGCAGAAACUUAUCUAACGAUUCAAACAACAAUAGUGUGGGCGAGAGGCUUGCGACCCCUGCGGCGGCGGCGGCUGUGGCCCGCGGAGAUGACAAUCAGCAAUACGAUCCUUACUCUGAAGAGUUCGAGCGCUCGAUGGAUUCAUUGGAGAGUUUCAGCGAGAGAUUCCAACUCGAUACAAUAUCGGCGAGCUUCGACGCGGAAAUGGCGAAGCUUUUUCCCUCGACGAAGCCCUCCGAGCCGAAAGAGCCACACCACAGCGAGGAGCCCGUCGCUCCGGCCGUGAGAGUAACGAAGAAGGAACCACGAGUCCCGCCACGCAAAGCCCCCCGCUCGAACGGGUCUUUUUUAGGCCAUGGCAGCCGAAGAAGCGAUGAGAAAUGUUCCAAUCGAAAUUCCGAGAGAAUUUCCCCCCAAAAUAAGAAAUCGGUUUCGGUCCGACACCAAUCCGAUGCGCUUCCCCGGCUACCGAAAACUCCAGCGAUUCCAAACGGCUUGCGACCCGAGUCACCUGACCUCGCCACGUUCGAGCUCAACAAGAGCGAGCAAAUACUUGCUCAACUUGUCAAGUCGUCGACCGAUCCAGCGGUAGCGAAGCUUCUCGACGACGGGGACUCGUCGGAAAUCAGGAACUCACUCGCGGAUAAUGCGGCCGAUUGCCCUUGUGGCAAGCCUCUCGAACCGGACGAACGAGCCCGGAGGAGCGAACUUUGCAAGCAUUGUUCGUCGAGCAAAGCAAUGCGAUUUCUGCAAGCCUGUACCAAUUACGGGAAUAAGACGAAUUCCCUCCCCAUACUCCGGGGGGCUUCUCAACCCUGUCCCGAGGAAGCGGAAGCUAUUCAGGCUCUGGAAUGGCUUCGAGAUACGGGAUUCCCACAAUACGCUCAGCAGUUCGAAGACAAUAUGUUCCCACUCGAUGUGUCAACGGUCCGGAAGGAUCACGAGAAGUUGGGCGAGGACGAAAUGCAGUCGCUUAUCAGACGCUUGACAUGUUUGAACAAGUGCGCCAGGAUGCGCGCCGAGACGAAAGCCAAAGUGGCUCAUCAUUGCUCAGAUGAAGAUUUAGCCUUGUCGGAGAACUGGCAAUUCCAUAGACCUUCACGCCGGUGGUCGCGUAUCGCGACCAACGAUUUGCCUUUGAUCACUAAGCAGGACGUCGACGAGGGAAACAAAGACGACACCGGAAAGCCUCAUUCGUCGCACGAUUCCGUCUUCCUGACCCCAAACAAUCGGAGUCCCGACUCGGAAAGUCAUCUCCCUCCGUCGCUGGCUGCCAACAGCAGUUUUUCGGUAUCGGACGAGAGGCUGGAGGAACAGCCCAACCGGAGUCCGACACCAUCUAGUAACCAACAGACGAAGCUACGACGGAGCGGCAGCGAGCGGAUACGAGACGCAAUCGUGCGCAAGGUGGAUUCGUUUAGGCGUCGUCGGCGAGAGGCGCGGUCGAAAAGCCCACGGAACCUUCGAGGGAAUCAGUCGGGCCUCAGCCAAGGUAGCCCGAAAUUCCUCAGUCCCAAGGGGAAACGUCGUGAAUGCUACGACAAUCAGGGACUCCAGGGAGAUUCAGACGUCGGGGACUUGGAGUGUCUAUCUCCCAUUAUCAUCAAUAAUGAAUCACUAGUCUCCGACAAAAACGGCGAACCAAGGCGUGACUCCGGCGUAGGCAGUUGUGUAACGAGAACGAGUGUGUGUUCGACUGAAGGGUCAGGUCUCUUGGCGGCCACCAAGUGGCACUGCUAUCCGGGGAACCCGCGGUUUCUCCGGUUCGGUCCACUCAUGUCGUCCUUAAUGAAUUGAAAUCGUACAGCUUCAGAUCACAUGCUCUUGCGCAAACAUGCUCUCCUGCGAUUGACAGCAAUCAUGGAGAGGCAUUGCCCGCCCUACAAAACCGGCUGGACGUGGAGCGUACCGAAAUUCAUUAAGAAAAUGACAUCGCCCAGCUACAAAGACAAAGUGCUCUUCGGAAUUCCCCUUGUGAUCAACGUUCAACGAGGCGGUCAACCCAUCCCGCCGUGUAUACAAUUCGCGAUGCAAUACAUCGCGUCAAAAGCUCCAUCUUGUUACGGAAUCUUCCGCAAGCCCGGCCUGAAGUCCCGCAUCGAUAAUCUACGCGCAAUUCACGAGCAACGAGUCAUGAAUCCAUCUCUAUCUAUGUACGAAAACCAAAUACUCUUCGAUAUCGCCGACAUGGUCAAGCAGUAUUUCAGGGAGAUUCCCGACGGGGGGCUCCUUACAACGAAACUGGCACCGACCUUCCGAUAUAUCUUCAUGCAUAUACCCGAAGGAUAUCGGCUGGAAGCGGUUCAGUGCUUGGUGACAAUAAUGCCCGACGAAAAUAGGGAGGCCCUGGAAGCGCUCCUCUGUUUCUUAGCGGAGCUAUCUCAAUACGGAGCCGCGAACGGAAUGACCGCAUCGAACUUGGCGACGUGCUUCGCGCCUAGUAUAUUCCAAUGUACUCAGAAUUUCAGUCCCAAAAGAGGCCGCAGGGACAGCACGAAUGGAGACCGAGAAAUCAACGAGAACAUAGCUUCGAACGAUUGCCUCUUAAAGAUGAUCGAGUGGCACGAAGAAUUGUUUUGUGCAUCCGAGCAAACGCUCCACAGUUUGCGAAUCGUGGUGGAAGAACCCUCGGACAUCCGUAACUAUCUUACGGACAACGGGCAACCUCUUUACAAGUUAAACUUUGAGGUAUCUCUGAAUUGGCUCCUGCACGAGGUGCGAAACUCAAAAGGAUGGACUCAAAUUUCACAUCCAAAUCUCGAGUUGGCUUGUAAAAGGAUUGAAGAUGAUUUCCACUAUGUUCGUCUGUGGAAAAUCUCUGUACAGGUUUCAGCGACUCCGACCCGGAUUCUCAAUCGAAUUCUGUUCGAACGUGCUUUGUGGGAUUCGUCUUUGGUAAAACAAAUAUUCGUCUGCAAAAUUGAUUCGGAAACCGAAGUUUGUGGCAUUAUUCACACGGAAAUGGGCAAAAAUGCCAGACGACAAUAUCUCCUGCUUCGUGCCUGGAAAACCAACAUCACCACCAAAGGCGCCUGUGCCCUUGUCGAGGUAUCCGUCUCCGAUCCAGUGCUGGCUGGGAACAUAGAUCCGGAUCCCGAGCACUGCCAUGCAUCAACGCCCUGGGUUCGCGCCCAUGUUCUAGCCUCGAGGUAUCUCAUCCAGCCGGCGGGGAACGGUCGGAGUAAAGUCACUCAUCUUGCGCGGAUCGAGCCGAUGGGAAGGAACGCAUACUGGCACAGUCGCUCUGCGGGAUUUGUUUACGCCCUACAACUCCACAAGCUGGCUCAAUCAUUCGAGACGGCGGCCUCAACUGAAUCCUUGCCGAGAAGUUCCGUUUCCAGUGCAACCCUCGGCAUCAACAGGGAGUCAGUCGUCUGA